CGCACCUGCCCGCGCGCACAUCACCUCUCCUGCUCCGGAACCCCCACACACCUGCCUGCUGCUGCACUCCUGUCUCUUUGCGCCUGACAUGCUGGAGCUCCUGGUUUACCUGCAUGGCUCGGAGCUCGUGGCCCGCUUCCAGAGACGAUGCGGACUCUUCCCGGUCCACGACGCGCACCACAGCACGCCGGUGCACGCGGACGAACCACGUGCACGGCUGAAGGGAAGCUGGAGCCACCAGGAUAAGAAUUCAAACUAUGAGUACAAGGAGAACGGAUGUGGCUGCAGCCGGCCUCAGUACGAGGUGAGGAACCGGCUCCUGCACGUCCUCUUCCUGCUGUCGGCCGGCCUGGGGCACGAGAUCUUCUACAUCACCUGUCUGCCCUGCAUACACUGGAGCCUGGACCCGUUCCUGUGCCGACGCCUGGUCAACAUGUGGACUGUGGUGAUGUACGUCGGCCAGGUGAUGAAAGAUGUGCUGAAGCUGCCUCGCCCUCUCUCCACACAUGUGGUCAAGCUGGAGACGCGCGUCGAUGCCGAAUACGGGCUGCCCUCCACCCACGCCAUGGCCGCCACCGCCAUCUCCUUCACGGUUUUACUCAGCGCUCCGUCCAGGAUUCAGUUCCAGUUCGAGGUGGGUCUGCUGAUCGCACUGACGCUGUCGUCUCUGGUGUGUCUGAGCCGCCUCUACACCGGCAUGCACUCAGUUUUGGAUGUGAUCUGCGGCGUUUUAAUCUCAGCGCUCAUCUUGUUCCUCACGUACCCAUAUUGGGAAACCAUCGACCGUUUCCAGCUCACCAGCCGCGUCUCCCCCGUGGCGGCGUUGACCCUGCUCCUCUUCCUCAGCUACACGUACCCCGAGCUGGAGCACUACAGCACCACGCGGGGGGACACCACCACCAUCCUGGGCGCGGGGGCCGGCUGCUCUGUGGGAUACUGGGUGAACGAGCAGCUGGGGCAGACGUUUGAGCCCCUGGGGGUGCUGCCCGUACCCUUACCCACACUGACCGCCGACGCUCUGGCACGAGGCUCCGCACGCUUCUUUGUGGGAGUCGUGGCACUAUUGGGAACACGUCAGGUGGUGAAGACGCUGAGCCUGAAGGUGCUGUAUUCAUGGUACAGGGUGGGGAGGAAUGACGAGAGUGCCAGAAGGAGGAGGGAGAUUGAAGUGCCGUAUAAGUUCGUCACGUACACGGCUGUCGGGCUCGUCAAUUCAAUAUUAGUCAAUCGAGUGUUUAUUCUCCUGGGGCUGCUGUAACACCAACACUCUGACUCCCCCAGGUCUACUUCAGUGUGUAUGAGAUGCUUGUGAUUCAGUCUGAGCUGCACAUUAAAGGCUUUUUCAGAGUUUGAUCAUUAUUUGAAUUGUGUAGUCGAGUUCCCCGACAUCAUCCAGACAUGCUCACAGCAGUCAGGAAGAACCUGCAGAAACCAGUUGAACUGAAACUUUGCAAUUCAUUUCAGUGGCACCCGUCUCUCCCCCCCUCAAGUCAUCUCACUUGGCGGGUUAGAACAAGCCAUCUGCUGCACCAUACUGGCCUGGUUACUGCAUGUUAAGCAGCAGUGCAGGACUGAAAUAGUUAACCUCCCUUCGCUACAGGACAGUUUGAAGGGAUGCCGGAGCGCCUGUCAGACUGAAUUUACAAGACGGCUCGUUAUCUGGCAGCUCGCUUUCAUACGGGCGUCUCCCGGCUCAACCUCCCUCUGAACGGACAGAGAAGCAUCAACAUGUAGACGAGUGAUAGAAAGUACGGGAGGCAAAGAAGCCCCAAGAAAUCUCUAAAUAAAAUGUCCUUCUCUUCACACUCACUCGAUGUUGUUCACACUACGCUGCCGUCACAACAUCUGGCAAAGGUCAAGCAACCUGCAGCUGCAGGUAAGGACGUUCUGCUCCUCAAUGCUGCAGCGCUGGACAGAUGUUUCAUUCAUGCACAAACUGUCAGUGACAUUGGGGGUGAAAUAAAACAUGCACAAGUGUUCCACUGCAGUUAUUUACAGAACU